AUGUCGUUGCGUAGGAAUCGCGAAGCCGGACACGAUCGUCUUAUAGAAGACUACUUUGCAGAUGAUGCCAUUUAUGCUGUAAAGUUUCGACGUCGGUUCCGGAUGAGGAAUGAACUAUUCUUACGUACUGUUGGCGAUUUGGAAGACCGUUUCCCAUAUUUCCAAUGGAAAAUGGAUGCGAGACGGAUAAAAGGUUUCUCUCCAAUUAAAAAAUGCAUAGCUGCAAUUCGUCAAUUAGCAUACGGUAUGGGCGCAGACAAAUGUGACGAGUAUUUUAGAAUGUCAGAACGUACCGUGCGCAAGCAUGGACUCUCAGGAAUGCUAGGUAGUAUUGAUUGCAUGCAUUGGAGUUGGUCAUUAUGCCCUGACACAUGGCGUGGUCAGUACAUGAGAGGCGUCCACAAAGAGCCGACGAUCAUUGUAGAGGCUAUCGCAUCACAUGAUCUUUGGAUAUGGCAUGCAUUCUUUGGUCAAGCUGGUGCAAACAACGACAUCAAUGUGUUAGACCAGUCGCCAGUAUUCAACGAUAUCUACCUUGGAAAGUCGCACGAUCCGUCGAUAAAGUAUUGUGACGAUGAUUUGUUUGGCGAAUCAGACGAUGAUUCUGAUAUGUUCGUCGAGAACAAAGAUUCCGAUGACGAGAAUGACGUUCAGGAGAAUGAUGAAGAUGAUGAGGUUGAUAACGAGGACGAUGAUUCCAAGUGUCGUAUUUUUUUUUAA